UCCUCUCCCACUCUGCGGCUGCUGGUUGCUGUCAUCAUGCAGGUGGAAUCUGCGCAGUCUGGCUCAGUGUCGGGAUUUCCAACCAGACACAUCAGACUCAGGACAGCGGAGUCUAGAUCAGUCUGCAUGCUGCUCACCGCUGCAGAGGAGCCGAUCAACAAGCCACUGGAAAUAAACAGCUAAUUGGAUUUGUUUUUCCUUGCUUUAACUUGAUGAUCAUCAGUUUAGAUACAGGACCUGCAUCAAAUGACACCAGAUGAUGACAGAGUUAACACACUAGUCCAAUCAAGGAUUCCUCUCUGUAUCAUUGUGCUGGAUUAACCACACUGUUAAACUGUUUUUUUUUCUCUCUCCUGGCGCAGUCCAACUCAGCAGGAGUCGCAUAGGAUGCCAUACAAUCGUAUAGGAAGUGACUCCAGCAGCUUGACAGGCAACAGUCUCAAAGAAACCAGGAGGACGUAAUAAUUGUCCUGCGGAUCUUUUUUUUUUUUUUUUUUUUUUUUUUUUUUGGCUUAAACGCGCAAAACAGCGAUGGAUGAAGGCACCGCCAGCGAGACCAUCCCAGAUCUGAAAGACAUAGAGGUGAAAAUCGGCCGAAAGACUCCCGAGGGUUUGCUCAGGUGGAUGCGGGAGGAGGCGUCCUCUCUCCGGGGAGACGCCAAGCUGGCAGCCGCCUCGCACGACACCAGUAAGGAGACAGGGAGGAAGAGUUUGGAUGAAAAGAUCAGGAAAUUGAAGAUGGAGAUGGCCCACUUGCGCUCGGUGGAUGUGAAGAUCCUGCAGCAGUUGCUGGCAGUCCAUGAGGGCAUCGAAGCAGUGAAAUGGCUGCUGGAGGAGCGCAGCACGCUGACCAGCCGCUGCAGCAGCCUGACCAGCAGCCAGUACAGCCUGGGCGAGGGCCCCGACACCUCCUGGAGGGGCUCCUGGAGCAGCCUGCAGGACCCCAAUGACAAGCUGGACAACAUCUCCAUCGGAAGCUACCUGGACACCCUGGCAGACGACAUGGACGAGUACUGUCCCUCCAGCUCGGAGUCCGUCAUCUGCUCCACCACGCCGCUGGUCUCAGAGGCCACCGCUGGGAGCCGCACAGCUGGAGGCCCCACAGCCACAGUGGCAGCAGCUGGGACAGGACCUAACGUAGGGGUGAGGUCUGUUACUGGUACUGGUACUGGGAAUGGGAAUGGGGUUCGAGCUGUGGUAAAUGAGAAUGGAAUUGGGGUUGGAAGUGGGACAGAGGUGAGAGGUGGACCUGUGAAUGGAGUCAGCAGUGCUGGGACUGAGAUUGGUGAAACUGGGAAACCAGCAGUUCCCAUCAGCUCUACCCAAACCAAGUCUGCGAGCCCCAAGCGAGACACUCCCGUCUGGACCAAGGCUCCAGAGACGGAUAAGGGAAGCCCAGUUUUUAAGGACAGUACUCAGAAGCAAGCCAUUAAGGCUAAUGGAGUCCUGGAGAAACCAACCACACAAACAGGCAGCCCAACUCCCUCCAGCCUCAGUGAGAAACUGGAAACCAACCAGAGCCCCAAACUCAAACCUUACAAAAAUGGAAAGAUCGACUUGGAUACAUGCAAAAUGAAUGGUAAAAUGCAUCUUGAGUAUGACGCUCACUGGCGCUGGGUGCAGUCGCAAGAAGAUGUGACGUUUUUGUAAGAAAGAUAAUCAAAGAGGGGACUAAAGCCACUAUUGAACACUCCCUCUGCAGCGUCAAAGACCAGAUCACUGAAGGUUAGAAGAAGAGCGAACUGCUGUUGUCAAAUGCACAUAGUGAAGUUUUCGUCGGUGAGAGACACUGAAAGACAAUGCUGUGUUUGUUGUGUUGUUCCCUCCUGUGACUGCACUAACUUUCUAUAAAACAUUGAUGUCAGUGUUAAGGUGGAUGCACAUUACAGGAUUUUGACCACAUUUAGCUGAACAGGGCUGCCUCACACAAACAUAGGAAAAAUCUGUUUUAAAAUCCUGUGUCAUAGUUUUUCUCAGGGUCUUUUUAGCAUUCCCUGAUAUUAUUUUAUUUUUAUCUUAUUUCAUUUUAUUUUCCUUAGAAUAAAGCACAGUGAGACUAUCUACCAGAGAGCUGAAACAUGAUUUCAGAUUGUUUGGCAUGUACUUUACCAACCAAUGAAAUUUAAAACUUUAACCUUAAAUUGACUCUCUUAGAUUACAUAGAAAAAUACUCUGAGGUUCUACAAAAAAGAAUGCUUGCUGUCACUUUCUCUAUAUUUCCUAUUGAACUUUUUUUGGAUCCUCUGUGACAGUGAUUCCCAACCUUUCUUUUUGUUUCGACCCCUUGAAAUCAAACAAUUGCACACUCUUAUUACAGGUUGUGGCCUUAUUGUGGUGAUGAGCUGUGUGUAGUUUCACCAGAUAAUGCAAUUUACUUUGUGGAUUGUUUAAUUCAAAGGGGUUUUAGAGUGGAAGAAGGGAAAAUAAAUCACAAGAAAAUGCAAAACUUAGACAAAAGAAACAACCAAAGUUUGUGUAGAGAAUUUAUUUUUCUUCCAUACUCUUCAGAUUUAUCUUGGUAUUUGACCCUGAGGUUGGGAAUGACUGUCAAACUCCACAAUCAACAGCACUGAUGAGCCCUAAUGUACUGCAUUUAAAAAUAGUAGUAAUAGUAUGAAACCAAACCCACCUUAAUCAGCCUCCCAUCACAGUCCCAAAUACAAAUUUAUUGUAUAGACCCCUAUUCAUAACCAGUGCAUCUGAACCCUUCUGGUAUUAGACAGCAUAACCUAAUGAAAUAUUAACCAAAAAAGUGAAAAAUAAGUACUAAGCAAGUGUUGUUAUGACAUUUUUGAGCGUGUUUCUCUGCCAACACUUCCCUUCAGCAGUAGAUGCUAUGAAUGACAUAGAAGACAAAGCACUGAGGUCAUUGAAAUACUGUACUGCUGUUAGCAUUUGUGUCUUUGUGGAGCUUCAGUGCUUAACCAGCCACCUGCAAUAUUGUAUAUUUGCUGAAUGACAGUACAGCUGCUCUGUGCAUCAGGUACUAGUUGUGACUGGUUGUAGGCAGUUUUCUGAAUAUGGCUGAAUAUUUUUCUUCUCAGUUAUGGUAACCUGUGUUAAUUUUCUUUAAAGCAGAUGUUGUGCCUGAUUGGUGUAAACCUGAACUACAUAUGCCUGUAUUUUCCCCUGAUGAGAUGACUGCACUGUUGUUCUGAUAAUCUGAGUGUUUUGACUGAUUUUGUCUUGUUUUUUUGCCUCUUCCUGGCCUCUGCUUGCGUGUACAAACGGCUAGACCAGUAGUCUGUGUCCUCUCGAGUGUCGACUGGUAAAUGUGUUGUGCUGGCUGGGUGGAUGUUGCAUGCCUUGUGCCGAAAGCUUUAUUGGUUGAUUUGUGGGAAAUGCGUGGAAGGCCGAACACAAUCGGAGAAGAAAAGCAAUAUUUCUCAAAAGCCUGUCUGCCUGCUUACAUAAGCAGCCUCCUCUCAGUAAAUGAAAUCUAAUAAUAAUGUCUGCUCUUCAACAGACGACAACACUACUGACGAGGAAAUGGUGUGUGCGUGUUUGAUGUGUGUGUGUGUGUGUGUGUGUGUGUGUGUGUGUGUGUGUGUGUGAGUGAGACAGAUGCUGACUGCCUUCCCGAGCACAGCUGCCCUGUCAGGUUUGCAUAAGAAUAGACGAGUCCCAAAGGUUUUCAAACAUUUUUGGCUCAUUCAUCACAGCGUUACUACACCUCCUACCAGUCUGCAGUUAGUCAUGUUAAUGGUGCGGGGAUAGUGCAACACAUCUGGUAAACCGAGGGGAACAUAUUACAUAAUCUCUACUGUUUACGCUUCAGUGUAAUUUGUCAAGAAAAAGCUCCUCGUAAAAGGUAAAUAUGACCCUCACUCAUGCCCAUUUUCUUUCACGGCCGGGAACUGUUUCAAACUUAUUAGAGUUUUAAUAUUGCUGUCAACAUUAAAAAUGAUAUUUGACACACUGCAGUUAAGUAUAAUCAGUCCUGGUCCAUUAGCAUCCUUAAGGUCUUAGAUUUUUAUCAGGUUUAUGCAUUGUAACAAAACUAUUUUGUCAAUUAGUUAUUGCACCACCCAACUGAUACAAUUUUAAUGUAGUUUCUACACUUGUGAAGUUUUCUGUUCUCGCAUGUGCAGUUUCCAGUGACAACAAUGGCAUUGUGGCAGAUCUUAGUAAGUUUUGGGUCCAUGUUUUCAAGCAGAAGUAGACAAGAAGUGGCUUAUUGUGUCUUUAAGGCUUUACUUUUUUUCUCCUUUCUAUCCAACUGUUGAUUUUGCCUUUCUGAAAUAAAAACUACCACAGCUGUUGAUUUAAUCAUCUGUGCUGUGGUUCCGCUGACUUGAUAAUUUUGCAUCAGCUGGCUUUUUAAUGAUUUUAGUUACUCGUCUUGAGAGAAAAAGCUUGUGAGAGGAAUUAUAAAUUUGCACUCGUUGGCUAUAAAUGGUACUAAACUAACAGACUGAGGUAAUGAGUCUGGCAGCAAACUGCUUCCUCAUCAGGUAAUAGUCUAUACAGAAGACAGAAAUAAAGAAACAGCACUGUCUGCAUGCUGAAGUGUAGAGACAAUGUUAGUGAUAUAAACAUACAAAAGCUACUGCUUAGUUUACAUACAAAAUAUAUGCUCAUAUUUCCAAACAGUAUUUUUCACUUUUAACAUUGCAAGACAAAAGGCUUUGAGCAUGUGAGGCUGGAUAACACUGGCUGGGGAUGCUGGAGGGCAAAGUUUAGAACAGAGACAAACUCUGAUGUCAGACUGGUGCACAUUUGGAAAAUUGCACAUCGUGGACGUGUUAAGUGUCAUGAGGGCUUUUGAACGUAACCUCUAUGAAACUGAAGGAAUGCUAAGUUAAAAAACUAGUUGGCCAGACAUGUUGAUGAUUGUGCUGCUGAGCUUCAAUUGGACAGUAAAUCUUUAGGGUAUUUUUAAUCGAUGGAUAAAGAGUUAACUGCUUCAUGUUGAGUGAACUCCAGCCAGCCUAUUUGAAUUGGUGCUCUGCCGGGUUUCAGUGUAAAGAAAUUCCUUCCCUCCAUGCUGCUACAGUAAGAUGUUAAACUCAACAUCUCUAUUUAUUUGAGCCCCUGAAGUGUUUCCUCUCUCCUCCCACUGCCUGUCUUUUCAUCCUACUUUCCACCACCACACUGGUUUGAUGGAAACGCUCAGUCGGUGCCAACACACACAUCAUGCACACACAAUGCCCUGUAGCUGGAGACAGCACCAUAAAGCCGGCACCACAGAAACAGCGACUGCAGGCCAGUCCUGGAGACAAGCAAGGAAAAGUGAGCUCAAACUCGACCUUGAACAUUUGGACGAGCAGCUGCCCCCUUUUCCCCCAUUUUCUCUUCUCUGAAUAGAAAUAGAGCAUCUAUCUAUAUCUGAAUUCAGUCAUGCUAUAGCUUCCAACCACAGUACAGACAUGAAGUCAUGUGAAACCUCCUUCCCUUUUUGACAUAUGUGUUGGCUGUAAAGCAACCCCGCAUGCCAAAAAAAAAAAAAAAAAAAAAAAAAGUCUGCUCUGCUGGUUUGUGGUUUUCUUUCCAAAUUAGAUGAGGCAUAUGGAAAAAAACUACAUUUUAGUGCAGGGAACAAACCUGCAGAACACAUUACAUCAAGCUAUAGUGUGUCUUUCUGAAGAUAUACUGUAACCCAUGAUGGUUUAAUGUGUUUUCACUGAGAGCAUGCAGGUCUAAAUUUGGACAUGAGCGUAGUUUUAAAGCACUCCUUGGCAGAGAUGUAAUGAGUGCUGACAGUGGAGGUGCCAGGAGGAGCUGCUUGUGGUCUGAUUGUUUUCAAAAGAGUCAUGAUGAUUGCUGCGUGCAUGAGCAAGAAUGGAAGUGUUACAAGAUUCUGGAAAGCUUGUGGAAAAUACCUUUCAGUCAAAGCUGAAAGAAGUGUCUCCUCACUUUGCAGAGUUUGUAGAGACAGUGAAGUGAAAUAAAAGUGGGCAGAUCAGCUCCCUGAAAUCCUUCUGUUCUGUCCUCUCGAGGAUUUAUCAGGUGCGUGAUGUGUUUGCCCUGGCUUCACGUGCCUGCACCCUCCGGCUAUUCUGGGCACAAGACAAACAGCGUGAUUACAUAGACGAGUGGAUAUCCACAUGAACACGGUUGCCAUGACAAUGAGGCUGAGCAGGCUUCAGCUCCAGAGGCUACAUAAAACAAUGUUUACUGCAGGGCUUUAGCAGCAUAACAGUGCACUCUGGAUGAUGGCAGGUGAGAUGAAAUUUUUGGAUAAAUGCUGAUCGCAGGUUUCAAGGUAGCACUUUAUUCUAAAAAGGUUUUAACUAAUGGCUUAAUUAAUAGUUUUUAAUAACUCAUGCUUUCAGAAAUAGAAAGAAGAAAGAAAAUAAUAGAAAGGAGGGUAUAUAAGCGAUUUAUAAGGCAUUAGUUAUUGAUUAAUCACCUAUUAACAAAACCAUUAGUUACAAUAAAGGACACCUUGUAUCUACCCAUUUUCACUAUAACCAGCCAAGUAACUGCAAAGCACGGUGACUUUGUGCUGUAGUGGGACAUACUGGCAAUUAAAAUAAAGUCACACAAACCAAAUAUCAUCUCAUAUGUCUUACCAGCUUUGACAUCUAAAUUAAACAUGUCACGCUACGUACAAAACAUGAGCAUCUUGUUCACUACAAAAAAAUUAUGUUCCUCUCACCAACGCUGCUGAAUGCCCCCUUUAAAUUUUAGUAUUUAAUUACAUUAUUAUCCACAAUUUUAAUUCAACUUUUAAAGGCAGAGAUGAGUGUCUUUGAGAGGCAGAAAUCUCAAAUUAAUGCUCAUUUGGUGUCAGCUUUUUACAUGAGGGUUAUUCAUUUUCAUUGCAGCUUUUAUCACAGAUUUUUUUUCCCACACAUGCUUUAGCAUUAGUAUACUGCUCAGGCACUCUCUCUGUUUGCCACCUGAAACGCUGUCAAGAGCCUUUUUGCUGGCAAGUUUUACCCAUUUUUGAGAAGCUAAAAGACAGACUGGUUGUGUCUCCCUAGAGGCAGAGCAGAGGGACAAACAGUGAGCUGAAGCAGCACACAGCAUGAAGGAAGCUUCCACUCCCAGUAUCCUGCUGUUUUCUUCCUUCCUCUCACACAAACACCAACACAAGCACGAUUCAUUCUGCCGCUGACGUGGGUCUCGAGGUACCUGACAGCAUUCCCUUUUCUUGAAUCUUAUUUAUAUUUUAAUCCCACGUUUGUUUGGUUCACAACUAAAACUGGUCGAAGAAAUGGAAGUGAAUUGAAACAAACCACACUGAGUGCUCUGAACCAGCUCCAAAACCUGACAUGGAGGAUUGAAAAGUAAAAGCCACAGAGGUCGACUGCAGUUCACUGGAUCAGCUGAAUCCAUAUCUCGCUUGAGUGAGUGGAAUGUGUGUGUGUGUGGUUUUUUUAAUUUUAUUUUCAUGGUACAACGCAUUUUUUAAAUUAUUUUUGUUAUGCAGUGUGUUUAGAGAAAAGGAGUUAUUUUUCUUUGUAAAGUGAAAAUGUUAAAACAAUUAACUGAUUACUUUCAUUGAUGUGGAGAACUAUAUAAUGCAGUAUGUAAAUUAUACAAGCUUACCAAUGAUUAAAGAUAUUUUAAAUGGUU